AUGAAACCAGAAACAUACAUAAUGGCUUCUUUAACAACAAGGCCUCCAUCCAUUGUUGUGAACCAUAAGAUUCCUCCCACUGUGGCUUUGCUUCAAAUGUGCUGCAACUUUCAUGAGGUAAGACAAGUUCAUGCACAGUUGGUAAUCUCAGGACUCCUAAAUCGCCCUCCCAACGGUGGAAGACUUGUCGAGUCUUAUGUAAGAGUCUCAAACAUGAACUAUGCCAUGUCUGUCUUUGACACAAUUCAAUCUCCUGAUGUGUUUGCCUACAACAACAUCAUCAGAGGAUUCAUGCUCAUCAAAGACUCUUAUAGCUCGCUCUUAAUGCUUAAUAAACUGUUGCUGAAUGGCUUCAUCCCGGACAAUUAUACUUACACCUUUGUCCUCAAAGCUUGUUCUCAACUUAAAGCUCUUUGUCAAGGUAUGCAAGUCCAUUGCAUGAUGAUCAAGGCUGGCAUAUCAGUCAAUAGUUACACUCACAGCUCGCUCAUACGAAUGUAUGCAAGCGCAGGUAGUAUGGAUUGUGCUGAGCUUGUUCUUGCUGAGUUAAUCUCUACAAAUGAAAGCAAUGCUAGUAGUGUUAUUAUUGCCAAGAAUGCUAUGAUAUCCGGGUACCUAAGUCAGACUCAGCAGGGUCAUGUCGAUAAGGCCAGAACAAUGUUCGACGAAAUGGAAGCUAAAGAUGUUGCUACUUGGAGUGCCAUGAUAUCAGGGUACAAUCACAAUGCUAUGUAUGCUGAAGCCUUGAGCAUCUUUGAAGAGAUGAUGGCUUCUCGGGUUUUGCCAAAUGAAUCCACGCUCGUGAGCUCUUUGUCUGCCUGCGCUCAUCUGGGAGCGCUAGACAAAGGAAGAUGGAUUCAUGGCUAUGUGGAUAAGAAUUGUGGUGGUGAAGUGAGUGUUACUCUUGGUACUGCUUUGGUAGAUAUGUAUGUUAAGUGUGGUUGCCUUGAAUGUGGUUAUCAAGUCUUUAAGGAGUUAUCUCAUAGAGAUGUAGUUACAUGGGGAGCUAUGCUAUCUGGUUUUGCAAUACAUGGGAAGCCCCAAGAGUGUUUUCAACUGUUUGAUGAGAUGGUUUCACAAGGAUUAUUCCAACCGAAUGGAGUUGUUUUUGUGGCGAUUUUAACAGCUUGCUCUCAUGCUGGAUUCGUUGAAUUGGGACAUCGUUAUUUCAAUAGAAUGGUUAAUGAGUUCGGAAUUGUACCUUCAAUUGAACACUAUGGAUGCAUGGUAGACCUCCUUGGCCGUGCAGGGAGGUUAGCAGAAGCAGAAGAUUUCAUUUCGAGAAUGCCAAAAGAGCCUAACUCGAUCAUUUGGGGUGCGUUUCUCAGCGCUUGUAGAACAUACAAGGACACAAAAAGAGGGAAUGUAGCAUUCAAGCACUUGACCGAGUUAGAGCCAAUGUCUGGUGAUCGGUACAAGCUUGCAAGGCUUAUGUUUCACAACACUGGCGAAAAGGAAAUUGCCAACGCGAUUAGAAAGUUCAUCGACGAAAAUGAUUUGGAGACAACUCGCGGAGUGAGCUUCAUUGAAAUCGAUGGUGUGGUGAAUGAGUUUGUAUCAGGCAUAGUUAAUCAUGACAGGAAUGAAGAACUCUAUACAAUGUGGGAAAGAGUAAACAGAUUACUUAAGACAGCAAAAUCUGAAACUGACAAACAAAACCUUUCUUUGUGUGUGUGAUUAUUAUUAAUGUAGUAAACACAAAUGUCAUAGCAUUACAUCAUUAUUUUCAUAAUGUUUACAACAAUAUACAAGUCAAAAGACUAUAUCAAAAACAAGCUAUAGUCUUGACUGUCAUAUCCUUUUUCAUUUUGUAUAAAUUUUAUAAGUUAAACA